AGAAUGUAUGGGACGACCCAACCGCUUCUCAAUCUAGUUAGGAGGCACCCUCGAAUCUCAGUCGUACCACGAUCAAUCCGGAAACACUCCGAUCCCCAAGUAGACAGACCAGAUUGAGAUGUAGAUUCCCAAAUGCGAAUAUAAAGAGAAGGACCAGUACCUUCUUCCGGUCAUCCAACCAAGAGUUCUCUCUCACCCAUCUCAAUACUCCAUAGCACUUCCCGCCACUCAACCAAUUCAACGCAAAAAUGUUCAAGGCUCUUUUCGCCCUUGCCAGCGUCCUCGGCGCCAUGGCUUCCCCUACCGGAUACAGCGAGUACAAGAAGCUCCCUGUUGAGCGAGCCAUGUCCUCCAACAUGUCUGCUCCUACCGGAACCGACAUUCUCCAGUACGCUUUGACCCUUGAGCACCUCGAGGCUACUUUCUACGCCGAAGCUUUGGCCAAGUACUCUGCCGAUGACUUCUGCAACGCCGGAUACCCCGACUGGGUCCGAGCCCGAUUCAUGCAGAUCGCGGGACACGAGAUGGACCACGUCAACUUGCUCUCUAGCGUCCUCGGAAGCUCCGCCAAUGCUGCCUGCAACUACACCUUCCCUUACACCGAUGUCACCUCGUUCAUCAACCUCGCCACUGUCAUUGAGAGCGUAGGAGUCAGCGCCUACGCCGGCGCCGCUCAAUACAUCGUCGGAGCUCCUGCCUACCUCACCGCCGCGGCCUCCAUCCUCUCCACUGAGUCUCGACACCAAGCUUGGGAGCAAUCCGCUGCCUUGACUGGAGCUCCUUGGUCUGGACCUUUCGACACUCCCGUCGGACUCGACAUGAUCUACACCAUUGCUGCUCAAUUCAUCACUGGAUGCCCCAGCUCGAACAUGGCCCUUCCCGUCAUGGCCUUCCCCUCUUUGACCCUUUCCAAGGCCAACGGAGAGAACCCAUGUGCCGGAUACAACGCCACUUUCACCUACACCGGCUCUAUGAACAGUACUGAGCCAUGCUACGCCGUCUUCUACAGCGGUCUCGGAAUGACCUCUGUUGAGAUCAUGGACGGAUCUGCCACCGUCCCCUCCACCCUCCAGGGAUACGUCUACGUUGUCGUUUCUUCCGAAUCCAACACUACCAUGGUCGGAACCGACAACAUCGUUGCCGGCCCAGCUCUGAUCGACCUCGGCCUCUCGGCGUACGUUAACAACACCGACAAUGCCUGAGCUUAGAGGUGCGAAAAGGAUAGGAUCCAGACGAUAUAUAAUAGUAGUGACUAGCAGCUGUAUCACGUUCGACAUGCACACCGAUGCAUUUUCUAGCAUUCUGACCUUGUCAUCUGUACAUUUAGCCGUCGUAGGCGACGAACUCUAUCUCGACGUCUGUCCCACCAGCGGGCAGCUGAGCAACACCAACGCAAGUUCGAGCAGGUUUGGGGUCAGGCAUCAUUUUUUCGUAAACCUUGAGAGGCGCAUCAGCCAGUACUCAAACGGUUCCAUGCUCACCUCGUUCAUCGACUCGAAGUCUUCAGAGAGCUUAGAGAGGUAAAUGUUGGCCUUGACCACGUUCUUGAG